GAGAAAAGCAAACAGAUGAGAGCCACUGCUCACAGAUCUCUUUCCACAGAAAGAAAGAGACGUCCUACUCUGAAUAAGUAUCCAAACAACAGCUGAGGGCUGUGAAGAGGCAGCCACCUGCUGCAGUGUCCUCCCACCACUGCAGCAGCAUCUGGCAGAGAAGUCAGAGAGGCGGAGGAGACGGGAUCUGAGGCAGCAGAGACGAUCAACUGACCUGACAGCAGACAGGAACAACUUCUUUUUGCUUUUGUUCAAGGGAAAACAGAAAAGCAGGAGGAGGUUUAGGCGCAGCUAAAUCUGACAGACAGCAUGUGGAGCAACUCCUCCAACUGCACGUCCAUCUAUGACUUCCGCAACCAGGUCUACAUCACAUCCUACACCAUCAUCACAGUGCUGGGCCUCACUGGGAACGGUUAUGCCCUUGUGUUGCUGAUCAAGACGAACCGCCAGAGUUCCCCUUUCCAUGUCUACAUGAUUAACUUGGUUAUCUCUGAUCUGCUCUUUGUGAUGACGCUGCCACUGCGAAUUAUCUACUAUGUCAUGGGCCAUUGGAGCAUGGGGAGUUUCCUCUGUCGCAUCAGCUCCUACACCCUCUAUGUUAACCUCUACUGCAGUAUUUACUUCAUGGUCGCCAUGUCCAUCACGCGUUUCCUGGCCAUUGUCUUUCCUGUGCAGAACCUGCAGCUGAUGACAGUGAAGCGUGCCCGCCAGGUGUGUGUUGCCAUCUGGGUGUUCAUCUGUCUUUUAUCAUCUCCCUUCCUCAUGUCAGGUGAAGAUAAAUCUAACCCAAAUAAAACCAAGUGCUUCGAGCCUCGGUCAGCUAAUGUUCAGUCAAGAGUCAUUGUGAUGAACUAUUUGUCUCUGGUGAUAGGCUUUAUCCUGCCAUUUCUGGUGAUCCUGCUCUGCUAUGCCGGCAUAAUCCACACCCUACUGUCUCGCACCCAACUGUCUCGCACCCUCACUGCUCAAAAACAGCAGCGGGCCAUGGGUACCAAAGCCAUUCGAAUGAUUGUUAUUGUCUUGUUGACAUUCUUGAUCAGCUUCUUGCCUUACCACAUACUGCGCGCUGUCAAUCUGUCCCAGACUAACACCACCUGCAAUAGUGACUUGCUGAAGUCUAUAGUGGUGACACACUGCCUGGCUGCUGCCAACUCGUGCUUCGACCCGCUGCUGUAUUUUUUCUCUGGAGAGAGUUACCGCAACCGCCUUUCCACCCGUGCUAAUAAGUGACAGGUUUGCCGCACACAGCCAGACCGAGGCCCGUCACAAGCCCACAGACUGAGAGAAACCACCCGAAAGCCAGUUCAUUGACACCAGACAGGAGGCGGUCAGACAUCAAUGUUGGGAUAUGUUACAGGAAAGAGUUCAGGAUGACGAGAGUCGAGAGGAACAGAUGUUAGAUGACGUGAAACAGAAAGAGUUUAAACCAAUUAUGCUACCUGUCAAAUGACAAUUUAAAUAGACAGUUUAUCAAUGUAUUUAAUGUAUCGUGGAUUAUGUUGUAAUAUUUAUUUUUAUUUGGAUUGUCUUUGCCUUGAAUUGUGAACUUUUUUUUUAUCAAUUAUCAAUUAUUUGUGGCAAUGUUAAGAUUGUAAUUACCACAGUUGUAUUUUCAUUAUCAGUGUUUGUAAUUGUGUUCUUGUCACUGUUUUAAUCAAUCAAUCAAUCAAUCAUUAUUAUUAUUUUAUUUGUAUAGCCCAUAUUCACAAAUCACAGUUUGUCUACUGGAUAGGUAUAUGUUUACUUUAAACUAAUUGGGAUUGUUUUGUUUUGUACUACUGAUUUUUGUUCACUCUGUAUUAUAACUAUUACAAAAAAAAUUAAUUGUAUACCUUUUAUGCAAAGUAAUAAGCUGGAGGAAAGUGUUGGGUGCAUGUACUGUUAAAAGAAAAAGUUCAGAAAAUGUGUAAAUUAGCUUUCUUUGUGAAAUUGAUACAUAUCACUUAUAUUUAUGAAUAUAAAGUUUCAGCCAGUGGCUGGUUAGCUUAGCACAAAGAUUGUAAAGAAGCUAAUGCUCCUUCAUUAGCAUGUUGUUUAUUUAGCCAUGUUCUGUAUAUAUAGCCGGGUUGAAGGUCCAGUGUGUAAGAUUUAGGUGAAAGGAAACUAUUGGCAGAAAUUUAAUGUAGAAUAAUCCUCAUGAU